AUGCCAGAAGACGCUGACGUCCACGAGCUCGAGGCGCAAAUAUUUUUGCUUGAAUCGAAGCUCAAGCAACUAGAAAAUGCACAACACGAACCAUUUGAAGAUUACCUGGCACGGUACAUUGCAGAGCGUGCUGCGGCAUCUGUCGUCGACGCGCCACCUCAUGGGAUGGAUCAAUACACUGGUGAGGGUCCGUCGCCAGUACCGCUCGCGAGCAGUUCUCUGGACGAACGUGGUGACACGCCCAAGACAGCGCGUGAAGCGGUCCGUUCGAUCGCUGCUAGUGCAGUGGCUACCAGAGGUCACCACGAGAACGCGACCCAGCCCCCCUCCCGGGCUGAGCCCGAGCCGACCAAGCAACUCGGAACAUUGAACGCAGAUUGGCCCGGCUUACGGGCUGUGCAAGCAGGCAACCACCAACACGCCUCCAUGACUGGCAUUGUGUCUCGCAUAAACAUGUCGUUAGGCAUAUCAGAUGACACAGGAGGUUGCGUCUCUACGGAAGACGCAGGUAACGUGGGCGCUCCCCUCGGCGAUAAGCGCGUAACGGCGCGGCAGUUGAAAAUGGUGGGGCUUCAGGUGAUACGCCUGGAGCGCAGGCUUCAGAGCCUGUUAGAAAAAGAUGCCGAAACCAUCGACGAUUACAUGUCGCGUUACCUUGCUGAUCGAACCCGCAAAGCGGGCCUCGACAAGCCGUUGCGAGCGUGGGCAAAAUCCGCAAGUGAGGUGAUGCAGCCAGGCACGGUUGAUUCCGUACCCGCAAGUCCCGUGGUAGCAUCCCCCGAGCAUGGCCAUGGUAAGGUAAGGGCGACAUCAAAUUUGGAGGGACAUGCUUUCACGGCUGCUGCCUCGCCGAGCAUCGGACUUCCAGACACAUCUGACUAUGCUUUCCAGCAGGCCGGUGUCAGCGGCGUGGCAGCCACGGUAGCGUCUCCGAGGCCAAUGGUGGCCCCUACACAAGGUCAGCAGGCACGACAAAUGGCUGGUAGCAGCGGCACGUCUUACGAUGGGGCCGCUGCUAACGGCGGCACGGAUAUGGUGCACGGAGCAGGGGAUAUGGUAGAGGCAGGGGCCGACUACAUCGGGGCCUGGGUAUAG